GCAUCAGUGUGGACUGAGGUAGAUUAGGACGCAUUCAAUCAUUUUCGCUCACAGUUCGAUUACGAGACUCUCAUAACCAGCAAGGAUUCAGUUCCCAAGUUGCUCCGGAUACAUUUACGGAAAUGUCGAAGACUGCGUUGCGUCCCGAAGAAGUGGAAUCCGAAAGAAAAAUCUUUCGGGAUUACCACAAUAGCUUUAUCGACGAGCUUACCACGCUUCCGAAGAUUUCAGAAGAUUUACCAGAGGUCUCAGACUGGUGGAGAAAACUAUUGUCAUACAAUGUUUGCGGUGGAAAGAUGAACCGGGGAUUCAUGGCAUACCUGACUGCCGUGGUCUUGUCAGAGGAGACAGGAAAGCUGACGGAGGAAUAUCGACGUUCAGUAGCCGCAGUGGGCUUUGGUCUGGAAAUGAUGCAGGCGUCUUUUCUCAUUGACGACGACGUUAUGGACAGGUCCGAAACGAGGCGUGGGAACCCCUGCUGGUACCUCGUAGAGGGUGCGGAGAAAACGAUGUUGGCAGAUUCUUCCGUCGUUGAUCUAUUGGCACUCACAUUGUACCGGAAGCAUCCAAAUUAUCGUAAAAUUUGUGAUCUAUACCGACUGACAAGAUUGAGAACUCAAGGUGGGCAAAGUUUAGACGUUCUUUCCGAGCCAGGGCGCUGCGAAAAUAUGCUAGAUCGUUUCGACAUGCCUCGCUAUCAAGCUAUCAUCAAAUACAAAGCCUCUUUUUACACCACCCAUUGCCCUGUGAUCACGGGAAUGCUUCUUGCCGGUGAAGAUGACCAGGGUGUACUUGAUGAAGUCGCCAAGAUCUUGUUUGCCGUCGGUUCGUUUUAUCAAGUGCAAGACGACUACCUGGAUUGCUACGGGGAUGUGUCUGUGACUGGCAAAAUUGUUUGUGAAAACGUCGACUUCUGGGGGGUCUUCGCAAUUUAUCCGAUUUUCGAAUAUGCAUGUUCGUCCUUGGUGACAUUCGAUCAAGUCCUCAGAAUUCUUCAUGUAAUGGUCGAUCAAAAAAAUGUCAAAAACCGCAAUAACUCGAGAUGAGGUGGAAUCCCAGAGGAAACAAUUUAAUAGUUACCUCAGUGGCUUCAUCGAAGAGCUGGCCGCUGUUCCUGAAAUUUGUGCGGAUUUUCCAGAGGUAUCAGUCUGGUGGGAACAAAUGUUAUCCUACAACGUCAAAGGCGGAAAGAUGAACCGAGGAUUCAUGGCUUAUCUUUCGGCUGUGACUUUGGCUGAAGAGAAGGGGAAGCUAACGGAGGAUUUCCGCCGUUCUGCAGCUGCUGUGGGCUUCGGCCUGGAAAUGAUGCAGGCUUCUCUACUGGUGGACGAUGAUAUCAUUGACAAGGCAGAAACCCGGCGUGGGAAGCCCUGCUGGUACCGAGUCAAGGGUGCCGAAAAGACGGCAUUGAUAGAUGCUGCCGCCAUUGAUCGUUUGUCGCUCAAGUUGUACAAAAAGCAUUGCUGGGCUAAUCCAAAUUAUCGUAAGGUUUGCGAUCUGUAUAGGGUAAGUUAUUUCAUUUGGUUUUUCCCCUGCUUUUGUUUUCCUACCUUCGCCAUCUUAGAGACUUCAGAAAAUGUUAAUGAAGUCUCUGUAUGUUCCUGUUCUCUGUAACUGUUCGGAUGCUUCAUUUAUGUUUCAUUUAAUUUUUUUCGAUUCAUGACGAGCAAUGUAAGAUGGAUUUUAAUCGAGCACACUCAAUUUUCCUUUGAAAUCGUGGUUAUGUUUAUCAUGGCGUACACGUGCUUUUAAUUCGUUUUCAAUUAAAUCCGAUUUUGAAAGUGACUGCUAUUUUAAAUUUUCAAGUUAUGGAAUUCAUUUGAUUUUUUUUGCCUCUCAGAUCGGAUCUGUUGGGGUAAUCGAAAGGGUUUUUCAAUACUGUAGUUCUCGAAUUUUCGCAAGUCAAACUUUCAGAGAUAAAAGUUUUGAAGCGCAACAGUUUUAUGUUGAGUGUGAAUGUUGCAACUCAUGGACGAGACUCAUUCUUAAUCUGCUGCACUUCGGAUGGUCGUCAAACUUGAUGACUUUUUUUCCCUUUCCGGAUACUUUAGACGACGUUCUCAAAUCAUUUUUAUUCAUAAAUUCUUUUUCGUUUCUACAGCUGACCAGAUUGAAAACUAUGUCUGGACAAACUUUGGAUGGACUUUCUGAGCCAGAGCGCUGCGCUGACAUGUUCAAUCGAUUCGACAUGCGUCUGUAUCAAGCAAUCAUCUUGAACAAAACAGCUUUCUACUCUGUCCAGUGUCCUGUGAUCAUCGGAAUGCUUCUUGCUGGCGAAAACGACCAAGGUGUACUUGAUGAAGCCAGCAAGAUCCUGUGCCUCAUAGUUUGUGAAAACUUCGACCUCAAUGGCUCUCCACAUCGUUGCCGAUGGUUCAAUAUGCAUCAGUGCCCUUGAUGGUAGAACUCGGUCAAGUCCUCGUUGAAGAUUCUUCAUGUAAUGGAUUGUAAAAAUGCCGAAAGUUAUCCUCUCUCAUGAUGACCUGGAAUCCAAAAGAAAGGAAUUCUAUACCUACCACAAUACCUUCAUUGAAGAGCUAUUGUCGUAUCCGGGUAUUUCUGGAGAUUUAUCGGAGGUUGUUGAUUGGUGGAGGAGAGCUUUUGAGCACAGUCUGACCGAUGGACAGAUGAAUCGAGGAUUUUCUGCCUACUUGACUGCUGUAACCUUAGCAGAGCAGGGCGGGAAGCUGACCGAUGACUUCAAAAGAUCAGCUGCCGCACUUGGUUAUGCCUUGGAAGUACUACGAGAAUCAUUCCUGAUAGAAGAAGACAUUGUUAACAAGUCUGAAACCAGAAGGGGUCGUCCAUGUUGGUACCGUGUCGAUGGUGUGUCAAUGAUGGCCAUUAAUGAUGCUGGUGUCAUGGAAUCCUUCGCUCAUGAACUCAUCAAAUUUCAUUGCGAGGCCAACAAAAAUUACGAAAAGAUUUUGGAAAUUUAUGAGGACUCACAAUUGAAGGCACUUGCUGGAUACACAGCCGACGUUUUGUUCGAGUCCAAGCGCAGCACCACAUUCCUUGACGAGUGCAAGUUUAGCCGGUAUCGUAAAAUCGCCGAAUUCAAAACCGUCUACCCCAACAUUUACUGUCCAGUGCUGGCUGGAAUGUUGCUUGCCGGUGAAGAUAACGAGAACAAAAUCGAAGAGUGCGGCAAAAUCCUUGUGGCCCUUGGAGAAUAUUUGCAAGCUCGAGACGAUUGCUGCUCUGAUGCGACGAAAACUGGUGAGAGCAUAAUGAAUGGAAAAUGCUCUUGGCAGUUGGUGAAGGCCUUGGAGCUGGUCAACAAGACUCAGCGUAAGGUUCUGGAAGAAAACUACGGGAAGGCGUCGUCGGAGUGCGUUAAUAGAGUCACGGCCGUUUUCAAGGAUCUGAAUAUCUGGGAUGAAUUCAAGGCUUACGAGAAAAAGGCCUUGAUCGAAUUUCACGACAUGAUCAACGCGAGCUCUGUCGGGGAAACUGUGUCGACUUUGUUGCAAACGAUUUUAAAAUUAUCCAAGUGACGGUAGAUUCUAGUUCGCCUUUUCGAGGAUAACCCAACAAUUAUCGUAUUCAAUAUCGACACUCGUUUUGUCAAUUUCAUUGUUCUCCGUGGCAUCUUCAGCUUUUAAUUAGUUUAUUUACUAUUGAAUAAACUGGCUAGAAUUCAUUUCGUGUAUUUUCUGCUUGGAUUGUAUGGGGUGUCAGAUUUGCCACUAUCGAAAUAUCCUUCGUCUUUCAUGAUUUACGAUCGAAAAGGUAAAGCAAAAAAUCAACGCGGGUGGCGUUGAUCAAUCUGCACUGAAGUCGAGGUGAGCUUUUGUCACCUGGAAUAAUUUUUUGGCACCCAGAGAGGACCACAAUGUGAACCCAGGUAUGAAAUACGACCAGAUAUUUUCAUGUUAUUUCGACUUCAGAUUUUGUGUUGUUUUUUUUCAUCUUUAACAACCCUUUUUGAAUAUCUGUAAGAAAAGGAAUGUGUCUUGAAUGUGUCAGCCAACUUUAGAAAAAUCAAGGCGCGUCGUAAAGUCACGCAAAUACGUCAACUACGAAGAUAUGUUGUUACUUUAUUUGGUUUUUGUGCUCAUUUUAUUCUGCAAAAUAUUUAACUUUUUUCCCAAUUGGUAUUCAAAAUUAUGCACGCCUUCUUUCACCUGGGAAAAAAUGCAAUCAUCGGACUCGUGCUUUUGUGCCAUUUGCAGCUCAUCCUCUAUAAAUCCGUCGGAAUGAUCUUGAAUUUCUCAAGUUUCGAAAAACCUUUGACCUCUGAAACAUCGCGAAGAUAAUAAAUAAGUCGCUUGAAAUUUGGAACUAUUAUGUAAUACUGUACAUCUUACAAAUAUUAUGAUAAGGUCAGAAGCUCAGAACCUAGCGGUUUUGUCGAAUCAUCGUUCUUCGCGAAGCAAAUUUGUAUAUAUUUAUAUUUACAAUAUAUAUGUUUGUAUUGUAUCUGUAUUUAUAUCUGGUCAAGUAUGACGCUCGAAUCGCUGCUUACGCCACGUCGUUAAUCAGAAAACUUCGAUGAACAGCGUGCUUAUGAAAUAAGGUUAGAUUUCGUUUGCCUAAAUUCUGUGAGAGGUUGAAAAACUCGAGACGUAAUUUUCGCUUCUAUGUCACGUAUAUUGUAUUGCGUUUCGUGUGUGCGAAGUUUGUUGAAAAUGUUCCGCAGUUUCACCGUAUCGCUUCUCUAGGUUCGUCAAACUGACAUCUGCGCAUGCCGGCUUCUGAUUAAUCCUGCUUUGAUUAUUUCCAAAGUUGGAAUUUGAUGGGAUCAUUUAUUUCUGUUUCUGUGUAACCAUGUCCAUGCGGACCGGCUGAAAUUUCAGAGAGGAGUGAUUAGGUCGAAAUAUGUAGUGAUGAAAUUUUCUGAAAGUUUUUAACGCGAUGCAGCAUCAUUACCCACUACAGUAUAUUUCUAUGAAUUUCAGUAUUCUCUGAAAGAGUUUCCGGAUUUUCCACGUCAUACGUGUACAGGGAUUAAUUUACUCAAUAGAUCCCUCGACAAGCUUCAGUGUGACAGGGUCGGAAAUCCUUGAAAAUCCGGUCAGGUGAAAAAUUUAUGCUGAAUUUUUGACCUUACGAAUUUUCUUCCCUAUGAUCCUGCGUAUAAUGGUCAACAUUUCGUUGCUGCAUUCAUUUAACGUUGUUUCGAUUUCCAGAAUUGUUGCGUAAUCGAAUGAUUCAUUGAAUUCGGAAUUGUCGAACUGAAGUGAGUUGGAAAAAAUGAAAUAAUUUAUGCUCUUUCUGGCGAUGUUUAGUCUUCGGAAAAUUCAAGGAAAUUUUUUUUAGCCUUUUUCCGAAGUGAUUGCGACCAGCCGAUUCAUUGUAUCAUCUGUUGGAAACAAUUUUUGUGAAUGAAAAUGCUUCUAAAUCCCAGGAAGACGGUUGUAUGACGCGUAGGAACUCCGUCAAUGUUCAUUGAUUGUACGGUACUCCAUGUUGCAGCAAAUUCCAGAAUAUUCUUAAUGCGCUUUAUGUGUUGAGAGUCGCAAAGAAUUGCGAACUGCGCAGUUAUUUUUGUUACUAAAUUAUUCUUUUCCAGAAAUACGGUUUACCCCGC